GCUUCACCAGGCUCAGCUCCAGCAGAGCAGGAGGGAGAGGGAUUUUACCUGCACCCGGCUGCCCGUCAGGCCCAGGCGCGGGAGGAGCAGAAGAGGAGCAGGCGGGAAAAGGCAUUCCGGACGCAGGGCCAGCAUGGCAUCUCUGCUGGACAACAUAGCCAGGCCUUCUGCUGUCGUUUUGCAGCUGUCUGUGGUCCUUGGUGUCAUCUUCAUAGUGCUGAAGGUGGCCCAGUUCUACCAGGAGAGGAAGAAGCUCAUCAAAGCUCUGGAGGCAUUCCCUGGUCCCCCGAAACACUGGCUCUAUGGCCACAACCACCUGAUAACUAGCGAUAAAAUGUUACAUCAGGUGGUGUCAUGGGGAGAAAAAUACCCCUAUGCCUUUCCCAGAUGGUUUGGACCAGUCCUGCCUUCUCUAAUAAUCCACCAUCCUGAAUAUGCCAAAAGCAUCCUUGGCCGAACGGAUCCCAAGGCCAAUAUACCCUACGAAUUCUUAGUUCCCUGGAUUGGGAAGGGGCUGUUGAUCUUGGAUGGGCCCAAAUGGUUCCAGCAUCGGAAGAUGCUCACCCCAGCCUUUCAUUAUGACGUGCUGAAAUCUUAUGUCUCCCUGAUGUCAGAGUCGGUCAAAGUGAUGUUGGAUAAAUGGGAGAGGUACACAGAGAGGAAAUCAGUGGAGCUCUUUCAAGACGUCAGCUUGAUGACGCUAGACAGCAUCAUGAAAUGCGCCUUUAGUUAUAAUGCCAACUGUCAGACUCAGAGCAACUCAGACUAUUAUAUCAGAGCUGUUUAUGACCUGAGCUGCCUCUUAAGCAAUAGAAUCCAGACCUUUUCUUACAAGGAUAUCUUCUAUGACUUGACUCGCAAAGGCCGAGAGUUUCAGGAUGCCUGCAAGCUGGCCCAUACCCACACAGAUAAGGUAAUAAAUGAAAGAAAGAUGUUGCUCUCCAAUGAGAAGGAACUUGACAAGAUCCAGAAGAAGAGACACCUGGAUUUUCUGGAUAUUCUUCUUUGUACCAAGGAUGAAAACGGAGUUGGGCUAUCUGACGAGGACCUGCGUGCCGAGGUGGACACAUUCAUGUUUGAGGGUCACGACACCACGGCCAGCGGGAUCUCCUGGCUCUUCUACUGCCUGUCAUUACAUCCAGAGUACCAGCAACGGUGCAGGGAAGAGAUCCAAGGGAUCUUGGGAGACCGAGAUAGCAUUGAGUGGGAUGAUCUUGGGAAGAUGACUUACACCACAAUGUGUGUCAAAGAGAGCCUGCGCCUGUUCCCACCAGUUCCUGCCGUGUCCCGAAACCUCUCUAAACCCAUCACAUUUUCCGAUGGACGCAGCUUGCCAGCAGGCUGCCAGGUUGGACUGAACAUAUUUGCUAUUCACAGGAAUCGGGAUGUGUGGGAGGACCCUGAGAUUUAUGAUCCCCUGAGGUUUUCUCCAGAGAACUCGGCACAGAGGCACUCCCACGCUUUCCUGCCUUUCUCUGCUGGAUCCAGGAACUGCAUCGGGCAGCAGUUUGCCAUGAACGAGAUGAAGGUGGCGCUGGCCUUGACCCUGCUCCGCUUCGAGCUCUGCCCCGACCCAUCCAAGCCUCCCACGCUGAUACCACAGUUGGUCCUCAGGUCCAGCAACGGGAUCCACCUGCACUUGAAGAAGAUCCGCUGAUCCCGUGGGGUACCACAACGGGGGGCAAGAACUUUCCCAAAGACUGCCCUCCACCCAGAGAUUUAAAAGGGGGACACCGAACAGACCCACCAUGGCCACCUUGGACCUCUCCCAUAUUAACACCCUCCGCUGCCAUCCAGGGGGGCACGCAGAUUCCCCCGCGUCACACACACACAGAACCCAGUGGGUCCAUGUCCCCUCCUUUCAUGGGGAAGGGCACUGCCAAGGGGGUUUCACAGCGUAGCCAUGGCUCAGAUGGGCAUCCUCUGCGGGCCUCCUCCGUGUCCUGCACAUCUCCUCACCUCCAACCCGCCCUCACACACUGCCUGGUGGGACUUCUGUCACCUGCCUGUCUGUUUGCACCGCCGCCAUUUCCCGGCUUGGGCACGGCGAUGAACAGUGUCAGUGUGGUUUGUACGGGCGUCGACAGCCUGGAUGCUGCCCAAACAUGCCAUCCCUUCCCUGCCUCCAGCCUGGGUGUGCCGGGGCAGGAGAGCUCCUCCCCGCAGCCGCACUGCAUCCCCACGCACCACCCUCCGCAUUAUUCCCCUGUAAUCCCCUCUGGGGCUGGCAUCCUGCCUGCCCUUACGGAGACAAAAGCCAGCGGGUUUUUCUUGCCCUGGAGUUGAACUUCCUUGAGCUGAGGGUGCUCAGGAGCCAUGACACCAGCUAACCUGGAGAAGGCACUCACCGCCCUCAGAAUCAUGUGUGAUCGGUCCUGUCCUCCUCUCUGAAAUGAGAAUAAAGCCUUAUGGAGAUA